AUGACAGUAAAAUUAACAUCUGAAAAGGCAAAGACUAUUGUAGUCAUGUGUAAAGUGUUUGUUAAAAAAUGGGAAACAACAAUUAGAGAGUUUUCUCAGUUAAUUGGAAAAUUGGUAGCUUCUGAACCAGCAGUCCAGUAUGCAAACUUCUAUGUCAAACCUCUUGAACAAAAGAAAGACAAAGCAUUAAAGAUUAAUAGAGGAAAUUACGAUGCGAUAAUGUAUUUGGAUUGUGAAAUACACAAACAUUUAAUUUGGUGGAUAAAUAAUAUUGAGAAGUCUAGCAAACCUAUUUUAACAAUAGAACCUAGUAUGAUUCUUCAAUCUGAUAGCUCAAAAACAGGAUGGGGAGGACUGAUUAAACAUCCUAAAUUAGCUAUGGCCAAAACAGGGGGACAUUGGUCUUACCAUGAACAAGAUAAACAUAUAAAUGUGUUAGAGCUUCUUGCAGCCUUUUUAACUCUUAAAAGUUUCUGUGCUACAAAAAACAAUAUUCAUAUAAAAAUAUAUUUGGAUAAUACAGUAGCGGUUCAGUAUAUAAAUAAUAUGGGAGGAAGGAAGGAUGAGUUGAAUGAGUUAACUAGAGAUAUUUGGAAUUGGUGUAUCAAUAGAAGCAUUUGGUUAAGUGCAUGCCAUUUGCCGGGGAAAACUAACUAUAAUUGGAAGAGUACUCCAGAAAGUGGAAGAAGACAAGGCAACAUUGAUAUUGAUAGCACCAAUGUUCACGACUCAACCAUGGUUUGCAAAAAUUCUUCAUCUGAUAGCCGGACAAUCUUACAUACUACCAAAGAAAAAUCUGUUGAUUCAUCCAUCAGAUCCUUCAAGGCAGCAUCCGUUAAAGAAAAUGCAGUUAGCAGUGUUUCCUUUAUCAGGACAAGACUUAACAGUUUUGGCUUACCAACAGACACUACAAACAUUUUAUAUGACUCAUGGAGAAAUUCAACAAAAAAGCAAUAUGGGAGUUAUCUCAACAAAUGGGUGCAAUUUUGUGUUAAAAGACAAAUUAAUUCAUUUAAAGCAUCUAAUUCUAUAGUUUUACAAUUUCUGACAGAACUAUUUCAAAAAGGUCUUGGAUACAGUGCUAUUAAUACAGCUCGAUCAGCUUUAUCAUCAGUGUUGGAUUGUGGGAAAGUCAAUCCUAUUGGGAAUGAUCCUUUAAUUUGUCGUUUUAUGAAAGGUGUAUAUAAUAAAAGACCAACUUUACCAAGAUAUGAAGUGACAUGGGACGUUGAUGUGAUGUUGAAGUUUUUAUGUACUCUAUCACCUGUAAAUAUGUUGACUUUGAAAAACCUCACGUUAAAGUUAACCAUGAUACUUAGUUUAUUAACAGCUCAGAGAACACAAACUUUACAUUUGAUGGAUAUCAAUGAUAUUACUGUUAAUAAUGAUGAACUAAUUAUAAAAGUGACAAAAUUGAUCAAAACUUCGAAACCAGGGAGUCAUUUAUCAGACAUACAUUUGCCAGCAUACAACAAAGACAAAUCUUUAUGUGUUGUGGAUACAUUUAAUGAGUACAUUAAAAGAACUAAAUCAUUAAGGGGACAAUAUACUAAGUUAUUUAUUAUGACUAUGAAACCACAUAAACCUGUGUCAAAAAACACUAUAAGUAGAUGGAUUAAAUUAACAAUGAAACUUGCAGGAUUAGAUAUUAACUUGUUUAAGCCCCAUAGUGUUAGGUCAGCUGCAACUUCAUCUGCUAAAAAAGCAGGGAUUUCUUUAGAUGUUAUAAUGAAAUCAGCUGGUUGGAAAAAAGAAUCAACUUUUAGAAAGUUUUAUGACAAACCUGUAGUAAACAAUAACAAAAAUAAGGGUUUGAGUAAAGUACUUCUUGAUAACUAUUUUUGUCAUGAUCAUUAG